AACUUGUCUGUACUCUACAGGUUGCAGCCUCGCAGAAAGAGACCCACAUUCCCUCUUCAACAUGGAGAACACUAAAGACCGCCUUAAAAGUUUUUCCUUUUUUUGCAGAGAAUAUUAUGGCUCGGUAUGACGAGCAAGUCGGUGUAGUUCCGCACAACGUGGCAUCCCUUUUCACUUUCCAAAAAUGGGAAUGAGUGCAAAUGAAAAACACAACGCGGUGUCAACUUUAAAUUAGGAAUGUGUAUAUGCACUUUGACUGCAACAAGGAGCGACUUGAUUCAAGCCACCAGUGACCGCCUCAGUGACUAUUGCCACCAGACUUGGUGCUGCUGAUCUGACCAUGGCUUCUAGAGGUGACAGCUGGCAGCACCAGGACAGAGAGACGCACCAGCAGCAUCAUCGCCCCAGAGACGACUACCCCAGACCCUCUCACCCCACAGGGCCAGGACCUUACCCUCAUAUGGACCCCAGAGAGAGAGAGCGACCGUGGUCUGCUGUGGACCCCAGAUACGCUCACUAUCCAGCCAGGCCAGAUGUGACCCAUGGCAGUGCCCCAUAUUACAGGCCAGGAUACGGUCAUCCACACUCUCGACCCUUUUCCAGGCAGGGAUAUGACUACUCAUACUGGGAAUACAGAGACCCCUAUGCGUACUAUGACCACCAUCACAGAGGCCAACAUUAUCAACAUCCAGAUGCCGGUGGAUGGUCAUCUCAUGACCAGUGGAGGACAAACCCUCCUCCUGACAAAAGCCAUGGCCAGGACUGGGGUGGACUGCCAUACCAAGAAUGCCACAGCUAUGACCAAAGAGGGGAGAGUUCACAGUACGACUACAGCCAAUCAGAGGGUCACUACAGGAGGAAGAGUGAGGAGUGUGAGCCAGGUGUGCUGGCCAGCUCCAAGGCCUCAGGUCUGUCCUCCAGCAGUACUGAGCUCAGCCAGUAUAUCAAUGGGGCAGAGGAGAGCGAUCCCAUCCCACAGUCCUAUUUAGAGCCAGAGAUUGUGCCCCAGCUGACUGCUCCGCUGAAGUAUACUCUCCCUCAUGCACUGGUCAGCUUUGGUCCGGCUGGACAGCUGAUCCGGGUCAGCUCUGCUAUCGCCUCAGAUGGCGAACGGGCCCUGGUGGAAUUUCAUAGCCUGGAGGUCAUCCUUGGAGAGUCUCAGGAACAAAAGGACCUGCGAGCCUUCCCUGGACCUCUGGCCAGGCCAGACCUGCACAAGGUGGAUGUCAUCACCUUUGCUCUGCAGAGGGCAGAGGCCUGUCUGAAGGAUGACACACUGCAAGAUGCUCCCUCUGCUGCCCUCUUGUGGAACCUGCUGGUACUGCUCUGCAGACAGAAUGGGAGAAUCGUGGGGUCUGACAUCGCAGAGCUCUUGACGCGAGGCACCAUCUCCCUGGGUGCCUGUGAGGGGUCUGAUGGGCAGGGCAACGAGGCCAGCCUCAUCGACCUGACCGACAGGCCCCCACCAGAGGAAGAGCCCCUGGACACAGCGGACCUGCUGACGGGGAACCCCACGGCUUGCCCUGCUGACUCCACAGAGGAGGCUCUGAGGAGCUACACACAGCUGCUGCUCUCCGGGAGGAAGAAGGAGGCUCUAGAGUCGGCCAUGAAGAGUGGCCUGUGGGGGCAUGCCUUGUUCCUGGCCAGUAAGAUGGACAAAAGAGCAUACACCACCGUCCUAAACAGAUUUACAGGCUGUCUAUCGCCCAGUGACCCUCUUCAAACCCUCUUCCAGCUGCUGUCCAAGAGAAUCCCGACCGUUGCCACGUGCUGCGGGAGUGACAGGUGGGGCGACUGGAAGCCCCAUUUGUCCGUCAUGCUGUCCAACGAAAGUGAGGAUUGCGAUACUCACCGCAGGGCUAUCAUUACCAUGGGAGACACGCUAGCCUCUAGGGGGCAGCUGCAUGCUGCUCAUAUCUGCUACCUCACAGCACGUACUCCCUUUGGUGUGUACACAAACAAAGCUGAACGCCUGGUGCUUCUUGGCAGUAGUCACAGUCUUCCCUUUCUGAAGUUCAUUCAGAGCUCAGCGAUGCAGUGCACAGAGGUGUUUGAGUACAGCCAGAGGCUCGGAAACCCUGCUCAGGUUGACCCACCUUUUCAGGUGUAUAAGUUCCUGUAUGCUUGUCGUCUGAUGGACUGCGGCCUUGCCUCUCAAGCCUACCACUACUGUGAGGUGGUUGGGAAAACUCUGCUCACACUGCAGGAACCCCCCACGGUGCUACUGAAAGAACUGAUAAAGCUGACCGACAGGCUAAAGCACGCUGAGGCCUCUCUGGCUGACACAGGAGCAAACGGGGACUUGGAGGAUCCUGAUUGGCUGAUCCAGCUGCGUGCCAGAGAGAUCGGAGCUCAGAUGAAGCACUGGGUUUGUAAUGAUCCAUACCAGCCAGCUGGAGUGGAGAAUGCUGUGGAUCCUGAAGAGAACAGAGUUGGCUCAGGUGUGCACUCUGACAAUCAGCAUUAUGGCGAAGGGGCGUGGGCACUCACUGCUGCUGCCACUGCCACUGCCACUGGCCUGCCAGACUCCCUCCCCGAUGGGGCCCAGGGGGGCUGGAUCCCACAAGUGGACGGCUCUCCUCCAAGCACAGGUCAGCUGAUGCAGGAGUCCCCACUGCUCACAGGCUACGGGCAGAUGAUGGUACCCUCACUCACGGAACCCAGAAAACAGGCGGAGUCUGUGGCCAAGCCUAUCCCACACUGUGCUGCUCAUCACCAGGGUCCAAGUCUCCUCCCCAUCCUGCCCAGCUCCUAUUAUCCCCCUCCAGGAGAGGCUCUGCAUCCAUCCCCCUGCUCUCCUCCAGCAGAGCCCCAAGGUCUAGGCUUCUCUUCCGGACCAGCAAUGGUGCCUCUCUACACGAAUGAUGCGACCCCGGGGGGCGGUGAUUUGGCCGAGCCGACCCAGUUUCCAAUCCUGCCAGAGCCCAAAACCAAGGACACAGCAAGCAUCCAACCAGGCAAAAGCACUAAGGCGGGCUGGUUCAGUGGAUGGUUCCGGAGCAAGGCGAAGGACACGAAGAGCGAAGAGAGUGAUGUCGCCCCCCCUUCUGCCCCACAGGAGCCAACGAGCAGUCCCAUUUUUUCGUCGGGGCCACUUCAAACAUCAGUGGAAUCCUCUAGAACAUUAAACGCUCCCCCUUUGUCCACAGGUGUCAACCCUUUCUCCAGACAAGCUGCUGUAGGUCAGGCUCCGGGUGUAUUCAUGACACCGAAGCACGGGUCUAUGCCACAGAGUGCUUAGCAUAGGACAGGCCCAAAGGAUUCUUCAGGAUGAGGAUAACCCCACGGAUAGGUCAGCAGCAAGUAAAAGAGCAUUCCAGACGUGGACAUCAAUAUUUGAUCAAGCCAAAACAAUGGAAUUGUGGGACAGCACCAUGUGGCAAUUGGCAUACAAUUCCUUUUUUGGAUACUAGUUUUGUGUUUUCCAGCCUUUGGAGGUUACAUGCUGCUGGGCAUAGGAGCACGCAGGUCAAAGUUGAAGGGUGGACGAGGGGGAGGAAGAUCGGCUUUUAAGGGCCUGGCACCAUGAGGAAGCUCAACAGCUGAAGCCUUGUGGUUUUGUGCUGAGGGCUGGGAAAGGACUGCUUGGAUGCCAGAGAGAGCGAGAGACUGUGGGGUUGAG